CUGAGCAGGCAAUAGAAACUUUGUAAGGCAAUGGAAACUUUGUAACCCUGAGCAUCGUCCACCUUUGUGUGCUUCCUCAGCAUGGGGAAGAACAGAUAAAACAUGUCAGGAAAGGAGCCCCAAAACCGCAGCACAAAACUCCUCUAGGAUCAGUUGAACGCCGGCAGCUCUGCCCGGGGGAGUGCAGACGCCCCAGGGCCUACCCCCGAGUUUCGGGGCGGGGGAGGGAUGCUCGCAGGGUCUGGACCGGAGCGGCAUCGCUGUUCCCCCACCCCCGAGGUGCCGCGAGCUGCCGCCCCAGCCCCGGCCCCAGCCCUUACAUGGACAAAUCUGCCUGCAGGGAAAGGCAGGAAUUUGGGCCCUUGACGUCAGCCCCGGGCAGAGCGCAGCAGCCCGGCGGGGUGGGAGGCAGCGGUCGCCGCUUUCGCUUUUCGUUUCGGGGGUGUCCCCGGGAGCUCGGGGCUCGCAGCCCACCUCCUCCACCGCAGGGGAGGGCUGUGAAAGAAACCCGAAGUCGUGACUCCAGCAGCACCCUGCGUGUCUCCAGAAGCCCUGCUCCAAGUUGAUCCCACCAGCAAGGCUGUGCAGUGCGGGAGCUGCUUCUUGUGGUCACUUUUCAGUUCUCUUUUGCUGCUGGACCUUGUUCCAAAUUUGAUCCGCGCGAGAGGGAAGCGUAUUUAGUGCAGGAGCUUGCCUGGAUGCUGCUUUCUCUUCUCGUAAGCGGUGCCCUGGAAACCUCCUCCCGGGUGUUGUGCAGAACUUACUCACCCUCAGUCAGAUGUGUACUGUGACAGUGAUGGCUGCGGAAAGACAUGAAUGUUGGUGAGACCAAGAGGAAGAAAAUGGGAAAUACCCAAUAGUGCCUUAUAAUUGGGUGUGCCUGACUGCAUCAGCCUUUGGAUGUGAGCGCCUUCUCUUGAAGCAGCCUUGUGAUAUCCUAGCUGCCUGUUUUCUUGGGAGGUCCCUUAGAAGAAGCUGUCUGUACGUCUGUCUCAGUGUCUGACGGGACUGCUGUGCUUCCAGAUUUGAACCAUGUCCCACCCGUCCUGGCUGCCGCCCAAGAGUACCAACGAGCCUGUUGGUCACGUUACAGCAAGGAUGGAGACCACGCAUGCCUUUGGGACUCCCAGCAUCUCAGUGUCCACCCAACAGACACCAAAGAAGUUCGCACCUGUUGUUGCCCCCAAGCCAAAGUACAACCCAUACAAGCAACCAGGAGGUGAUGGAGACUUCCUUCCUCCACCUCCACCUCCUGUUGAUGACCUCGGGAAUAUCACAUCACAAGGUGCCUUCCCCCCACCGCCCCCUCUGGAUGAUGUUGCUUUCAACGUGCAGGUGAAGCCCGGUGGGAAGACACUUGAGGAGAGGCGCUCCAGUCUGGAUGCAGAGAUCGACUCCCUGACCAGCAUCCUGGCCGAUCUAGAGAGCAGCUCUCCGUACAAACCACGGAUCCAACAGGGCUCCGGGACCUCCAGCUCUGCUGCCAACACCCCGUCUGUGUCCACCCCUGUCACUGGCCACAAGCGGAUGAUCAUUCCCAACCAGCCUCCCCUCACUGCCACCAAGAAAUCCACAGCCAAGGGGCCUGGCCAGCCUGCACCCAUCCCAGUCACUCCCAUCGGCACCCUGAAGCCUCAGCCAGUUCCAGCUUCCUACACCACGGCCUCCACACCCAGCCGCCCAACCUUCAAUGUCCAAGUGAGGACGGCACAGCCCAGCCCUCACUACCAGCCGCCGGGUCCUCAGCCCACUCACUAUGGCAGUCUGGGGCCUGGCCAGCCCUAUGCAGCCCCCUCGGCCCGCCCGCCUGGUGCCCAGCAAUAUGGCUCAGCACAGCCCCGUGGGCCCGACUAUGGUUACGCCCCACCACCUGCCCGUCCUUCAGAGCCCAGCUAUGGCUAUGCACCUCAGCAAGGCCGCUACCAGGACCCGUAUUACGGCGGAUAUGGAGGGAGGAAUGGCUCUGACACACCCUACAUGCCACAGAGCACCUGGAAGGUUGAGCCAGCGUAUCCUAGCAGUAAUACCAUGGGCCAGGCUCCUCCUGGGAUGUACCAGCCUCCUGGAACGAAGAAGACCUACAUCACAGACCCAGUGCUGGCCCCGCAGCCGCUGCAGCAAAAGAGUGGGUAUCCGAGCUCUGGACCCACAUCAAGCACUCCUGCCUUCAGGCCUGAAGAUGAGCUGGAACAUCUGACAAAGAAAAUGCUGUAUGACAUGGAGAAUCCUCCUUCUGAUGACUACUUUGGCCGCUGUGCUCGCUGUGGGGAGAAUGUUGUUGGGGAAGGCACUGGCUGCACAGCCAUGGACCAGGUCUUCCACGUGGAGUGCUUCACCUGCAUGACGUGCAAAAGCAAGCUGAGGGGGCAGCCUUUCUAUGCAGUAGAGAAGAAAGCCUACUGUGAAUGCUGCUAUAUUAACACACUGGAGCAAUGCAGUGUAUGCGCGAAGCCCAUCAUGGAAAGGAUCCUCCGAGCCACCGGGAAGGCCUACCAUCCCCACUGCUUCACCUGUGUCAUGUGCCAUCUCAGCCUGGAUGGGAUUCCCUUCACCGUAGAUGCCAGUGGGAACAUCCACUGCAUCGAGGAUUUCCAUAAGAAAUUUGCACCGAGAUGUUCAGUGUGUAAGGAGCCCAUCAUGCCAGCCCCGGGACAAGAGGAGACUGUCCGCAUUGUUGCCUUGGAUCGUGACUUCCAUGUCCAGUGCUACAGGUGUGAGGACUGUGGCGGCCUCCUGUCUGAGGGGGACAAUCAGGGCUGUUACCCUCUGGAUGGGCACAUCCUCUGCAAGACCUGCAACUCAGCUCGGAUCCAGGCUCUGACCGCCAAGGCCAGCACUGAUCUCUGAGUACCAACUGUGACCCUCCCCAGGAUGCCUGCUGGGGGAAUUGCACAAGCUUUGCAUGAUUUCUUUCCAACCUAGGGCCUGAAUCUUUGUUUGUUUGUUCAUUUGUUUGUUUGUUUGUUUUAAAAAAGUAAAACUGGAAGGCUUUGGAGCAAGAGGGCGGUUCUGUGGCCGUGUUCAGACUGUCUGCAACAGGUACCUGACUUAGACAUGAGUCUUCCAGAGGGUGGCAAGUCAGACCACCAGCUGCUAAGUUAUCUGCCUGUGGAAGAAGGUCUGAACUGGUGAAAUGUGGCUGAGCUAGUUCCUUUUUCUAAGUCAUUUUGGAAACCUGAUCAACUAUGGGAAUCUUCUCUUUGACUUUAAUGGAUCACCAGCAGAAAUGGCUCAACAGCCACAGAAGAUGAGAGCAGAACUAGCACUCCUUAUUAUGACUUAAGUAAUGCAACUUUGACAGUACUGCAUGUAAGGGUGCAGAUGUGACCUUGAGCUUUUUGAGACACAGAUUUGUUGUCUAUGUGUUUCUUCUUAGGUCCUUACUUGCCUCCAUUCCCUUCCAGUUCUAUAGGUUUGGGUUUGUUGUUUUUUUUUUCUUUUUCUUAUGGAAUUAUAUUUUUGCUAUUGCAUAAACUUAUUCAGUAGUGAUGCUUCCAAUUCACAAUAUAUGAGCAAUCACAGAAAGAUGUGAGCUUGCACACACACACACACACACACACAAUGUGCUUUUGAUUUACUAGAGGUAUAAGCCAAUCAUGUCUGCUGAGAAGGUCUUUUAAGGAUCUGAGGCUGAAAACACUCUUUAAAAAUCCCAGUGGUUAAAUAAAAAAAAAGACUACAUAGAACUGCAGUGCAAAGCGAUGCUCAAAAAAAUCUUAUGCUGCUCGCUAUAGUGGGACCAAUGGCUGUGCUGGCUUCUGGGUAGAUAUUUAAGCACCAGAGUCUUGUUCUGUUGUUUAUUGAAAUGGGAGGAUUUUCCUUCAGCUGUAACAGGAACUGAAUCAGGGAUAGAUGUCUCUCUGAAGUGAACACGCAUGAUCUGGAGCUCCCAUUGGAAAAGGUAUCUUAUUCCAACAACGGCAAAAGAACCAUGCAGUUGUUCAGUUUUUGUCUUAAAGCUGGAGAAGGUGUUAAACCCUUCUCUGUGCCAUCCCAAAAAAGCAAAUGUUUGGGUUUUUUUUCUUUCAUUUUCAUCCCAGCCACUUAUUACUCCUCUCUGGUGAAAUGUCAUUGCAGAAGAGUGCUGGGCCAGGAGCAGCACUUUCAUCUUCUGUCCAGAGGUAACACAUGUGCCAAGGUAAAUAAAAAGCUGGGCAGAGAUAACCUUUCUUUUUGUCAUUUUGGUGUUUGUGGGCUUUUUUUAUUAUUUUUUUUUUCCCAUUUUGUUAAUUAGAAAAAAUAAAUUAUAAAUUCGUGGCUCAGUCUGAGCAGCUAUAAUAUUCUUGUUCAUGAAACCCAUAAUAAGUAAGGUGCAAAUUACACAGUGAGGGAGUAAUUUUCGUAUCACUGAAUUGACAUUAAUAUCUUAUUUGCAGAUGUAAUCAAAGAGACUACCUUUCUUUGCACUUAACAAAUUAAAAAGCAGAGCUGAAACAGUUGCGGGCUGAUUGAUCCUAUUAGUGACAAACUGGCGCUUUUCAACAGUAUUAGGAGAAGUUUGUCAUAUGCCCACUGAAAAACAAUGCAAAUGUGGCGCUUUUAUCUUCAGUCUCUAUAACAGAAGCUUGAUACAAUUACCCUGCUGCUGGGGGAAAAGACGAAAAAGUUAGAUGAGCUGGACUGAUAGAAAACAAAGAAAAACUGAGAUAGUCACUGCAGCUCCUGCAAACAGUGCAUUUCCUUUCAGGUUAGCACUAACUUCUAUGGAAGAGCACUGUGAACUGUAAUAGCUUUAGCUGCAUACAGUAAAUUCAAAUACAGAAAUACCAAUCUGAAACCUCUGUUCCUCACAUGGUUUGUAUGUUGGCAAACUCCUUUGGUGUCGGGGAAGAUUCCCAAAAUUCACAGCUCAAAAUGAAUCCUUCUUUGUAGAAGGGUGGCAUCAUUAAGCAAAAGAAAUCGUUCUCCACCAUAGCGGCUGUACUGAAGCAUUUUGCCUUUUUAUACUAGAUUUCUGCCCUGGCCUUCAAGAAUUUUACUGCCUCAGACAUAAACAGAUUUUUUUGCAGGGCGACUCCUGCCAGAUUCCAUCUGGGCUCCUGCUCCCUGAACCGUGGCACGUAAGAUUCUUCUGAACUCGCUUUUUACAGGCAGCCCCUUCAAGCAGCAGUCAAAAACUCUUGCAACUAGUGAGCGAAUCCAGUUUGAAUUAACCCUACAGGAACACUGGAGUUCAGAGCUAGGAUUGCUAGCACCACUGGUUUUACAUCUCUGCAAGCACAGGGGAGGACCUGAUGCACCCAAGCACAAAAGAAGCCAUUCAUCGGGCAGCUCUGAACUUUGUUCUCAUUAGUGUUAAAUCGGGUGGCUGAUGAGACUCUCAUGAACACCGCUGGGGUAAGUGAUGGAAACAAGCUUAUGUACCCGCCUGCAGAAUGUGGCCUAGACUCAGGAGGACUGAAGUCCAGAGCCCUUGGGCUUUGCAAUGCCAUGGUAUAGGCUGAAAUUGGGGAAAGUCAUAUGGCUUCUCAUUCUUUGCACGAGAAAGCUUCUUUACAACUUCCCAGAGAUGCUGUGAGAAUUAAAGUAAUCAAAGAUUGGCCCAAACUCCUGAUUUUGGAGUUCUGUUUUCUCCUUCCAGAAAAGUUUGCUGGUAUGUAGGUUUGGGAUUCCAGCCCAUUUCAAAGCUAAGGGCCAGCCAGGAGGUCUAGAUCUCAAUCUGUGUUAUUAGGGUGCUGUGGUGAGCUGGGCUAGUGUGCAGGGAGGUGAGAGCCAAACUUUUCACGCAUUAAAUACCCAAUGGAUGGAAAGUGGUUGUCAAAGAUUGAGUAGCGUUAUUGUUCGAGGUCCUGUGGCUAAUUUCUGGACCUGACGUAUCUGGGCAAAGGUACUAUCAUGCUUUUGUUUUCACCCCUGGAACACCGAAGCCAUCUGCCUGUUGGAAAGAUUAAGAGCCCAAAUCAGCCCUCUUUGUUUUCUGUAAUGCGUGGUGUUUUGGCUUCUAAAAUUGCUGUAAAUACAUUUGGAAGACUGUGCAUAUAUAUAUAUGUGCAUAUAUAUGUAUGCAUGUAACAUAGAGGCUCUCAUCACCCACGUGUUCAUGGGAGUCUCCGUUCUGAUGCUUCAGGAUUUGACUGGAAAAUGUUAGUGGGCUCAUCUUAGUUGUACUGCAAUUAAGAACCACUGGGAUAUUCCUGCAUCAUGAUAUUUAUCAUAUUUUGCAAUACAACCUGAUUUAUCUGCUCCAAGAAGGAGUUUUUGCCAAAGAGACCUUACCUUUUUAAGGUGCACGUGUUAGCCAUAAAAACCAAACAACAACAACAACAUAUAUACAUAUCACUUCAUUUGUGCCUGUGGUAAAGUCAAGCCCAUUCUUUUCAGAAAGAAUUGGAAGAUCACACACACCCCACUGUUUGAGUCUGCAGAGUUUUCGCUUGUGCUGCUUUGGCCUCUUUGAGCAUUUGUUGGCAAGUAGGGCCUGAUCCUGUGAUUCUUGUGUCCAGACAGGGCACAGAAGGGUCCAGGAAUCAGGUUCUGAUUUAGCAAAAUAUUUAAGCCUGUGGGGAUUGUUUAAGCAUAGGCUUAAAGCCAUUUGCAUGGUGCGUUAUAAGCUAUGGGUCUGCAGUCAUUAGUGCCAGACUGACUCUAUAUCACCCCAUCAGAUAUACUGGAGCUGGGUAGGAUGGAGACACAGUCAAAUUUCUGCCAAACUCACUUGAAUGUGUGGUACAGCUCCUGUGUCACCUUUAUGCAGGAGGGCAUGCAGCAAGAGAUCAAACGUAACAUCUGGACAUUGGGAGGGUGAGUUGUUACAAGAUCAGUGCUUGGCACGGGGUGGCUGUGGCACUUUCCAUAUGUCACAAGUAGCCCUACAGCCAGAUUUACUCUAUCUUUGAAGCAUGGCUUUAAAUGUCUGCUUAAACUUUCUCCCAAAGCUUGGGUUGCCUUGGUUACAGCCCAAUCCUUAUGCACAUCCCCAAGGCUAACACUACGAUUUUAUGAAUGUGAUGGUUUUAUUGUCACUUAUUUUAAUCAUUGCCUGAGCGUUGCUUUUGAAAACAGAAAGCAACACCAUUGCCUUAGCUUAUCAGAUAAUGUACCUUUAAUUUUGUUGGUUUUUCUAAACAUUUUAAUUCUUGGGUUUUUAUCACAACUGCAAAACACUUGGGUAAUGACUAAAUUAUAGGCGUGUGAGAGUAGCAAAGUAUUCAUCAGAGUGGACUCCAUUUAAGGUGUUCGGCCUGAUGGCAGGAGCAAGGCUUCCAUGGGAUAUGGGCCUUACAUUGAUUUCCUGCCUAUCAGCGAAGUGUGCCUGAGAAGAAUGAGGAAAAGUUGUCUUUUGAAGUUGGUGGUAGUUAAAGGGAAUAUGCAACAAGUUAUGCUAAAAUCUCUUUGUACCUGCUCCAGCUCCUGCCAGGCUGUGGUCAGCAAAGCAUAGCCUAGGCCUGAGAAAUGCUGGUAUUAGGGGAUUGUUGCUUUUGAUUUGAGGUAGUCCAGAAGAUGAGGGAUAACAGGAGCCUGGAGAAGGUCUAUGGUUGCCUUUCUUGUGUAACCAUGGUAGACAUAUAGUGCCUUGAGUGAACAGCUCAGUAAGGAAUUGAUUUUUGAACUGUUUUGUUAUUGAUAUCUGAUUCCUGCCGUUGGUUCAUCGCGUUGAUUUGAUAUUUGUUUCCCAAGUUGCGUUGCCUACACUUGGCAUACAUUUCAGUCCUGUAAGUCAGAGCUAGUAGAGAUGUGGGGAAGAAUCUCAUGGUGGUGGAAUUCUCAAUAGGGAACACUAGUGAUGUUAAUAGAGGGUUUGUUGCCAAAGGAUGGCAGGAACCACUCAGAACUAUCUGGAGGCUGGUAAUGCGCCAGUUGAGGAAGCUGGAGAACACUAUUUCCAGUUCGAGCUGGUCCCAAUUUUUACACUAAAUUAUGUGAUAUUGAAAGGGCCUUCUUUUUAAUGAGAAAUUCUCUCUUUGCAGUGUUAUCCACAACAGUAUUUCUUACUGUUAUAAUUAAAACCAUAUUGAAUUUUUAUCUAAAUAGAUUUCAGAAUUGUUGACAAAUAUUUUCAUUUCUCAAAAAUCUUCGUCUCCUUUCUCAAGUCUUGUUUCCCUUCUUGGGUUUCUUCUGCUGGUCAAUUAAUGUUUCUGUGAUGAUUUUCAAACCUUCUUUGGAUAAAGAUUCAUUUAAAAGGAGAAAAAAAGAGCACACGUUCUUGGAAAAUGGUUCAAUGUUGGGCCUGGUGAAAUUAAAAAAAAGAAAAAAGAAAAAAAAAAAGCUUUUAAACUUCUCACAAGAUAUUUUUCCCCUGUUUUUGACUUGCUCUGCUAACUUUGAAGUCACUGUUUCCUUUGCCAGAACAAUCCAAAUAAUGUGACUCUUCUUAAAAUAACAGUGUUACUUCUGUUGGGUUGGUUUUUCUUUCUCCUCUUAAAGCCGUAGUGUGGCUGCGGGAACUGCCUGGGACUUUGCUGUGGCAACUGCAGUUUUUUUUCUUUAUAAUUACUGGGGGGAAAAGAGCACACUAUGGCAACCGCCGUGAAGAUCAAAAGAUACUGAUUGAACUUCAUCGCCCUUCUGGGUUUGGGGAUGGAAUUUCUCCUUAGACAUUUCUACAAACAUUACCUGUCUUCCUCCGCUUUUCAAGCUUGAAUUUGCAGCAGUCAGUUGCCUACCUGGCAUUUGGUGCUUCUGAGUAUUGCAGGAGAUAGAAGACUUAAUGCUUGUGAAAUUAUAACGUUCGAAUGGCAUCUAGAAGGCCAAGAGAAAACCAUGACCUCAGUAGGUUUCCUGGUGGACCAUAGGGAAUGGCUCUCUUUUCAGCCUGCAAGUUCUCUGCUGGGACGUAAAAACACUACAAACACUUGCAGAACACUCGAAUGUGUGCACUCACAUGCACAUGCAACGUGGUUGCGGGGCUACAACUGAGCACAGUUAUUUAGACUGUAUUAUUAAGCUGCUUAUGCCCACUGGGCUUUUCUCCUGGCUGUGUGUUCCUGAUCUCCGGGCCGUUCUGUGCUUCUAUGUGCCUGGUCUAGCAGCUGGCAACCUUGUGCAUGGCAAGUGGUUGAAGCUAAGUGAUCUUUGAGGUCCCUUCCAACCCAAGCCACUCUGUGAUUCUGUGAUAUGAUUCUUUUGGCUUCGUGUUAUGUGUAUAGGCAACUACCCAUGAAAUGAUCACUGGUAUUGAGAGCGCUCAGCUCAAACUUUCUGGUUUACUGCUUGUCCACAUUUCUCAUCAUGACUAGAUGAUCUUUUAGAAAAUGAGGAAGGAAACAGAAGUCCCAGGGUGGCAUUACCUUUACAUUUCAUAGCCUUAUAGAACCAUUUGAGUUGAGGGACGGGGCACCACCACCUCUGUGCAGUCUGUGCCGGUGCCUCACCACCCCUCAGUGUAGUGUAUCCAGUCUAAAUCUCCCCUCUUAUAGUUUGAAACCGUUUCCCCUUGUCCUGUCACAACAAACCCUGCUAAAGAGUUCAUCCCCUUCUUUCUUACAGCCCCCCUUUAGGUACUGUUUGCCAGGGGUCAGCACCUCUUGCUGGGAAGAUGGCACAUGGGGUCCCUUUUUUUGCCCCUGCCCUCCCUUUGCCACAAGUGGCAAUCUUACCCUCUUUUUCCAUUCACUCGACUUGUGUUCCUCCUUGCAAUGGAGAUGGUUCGCUACUUACUGCAUGGAGGUAUUGCAAGGCUUAGCUGGGAGUCGGAAAAACUUUUCCAGAUCUUUAGUCAAGUAGUUUCAUGCAUCCACAGUAUCAGUGGGCUGCCACAUGGAUAUCAAAGAAAAUGAUUAUAAUUAUUGCUUUUUAAAAUGAUUGUGAAAUUGUGCCUUACUUUUUCAGUCGUAUUUAACCGUCUAAUUUAGAACCACAUGAUUGCAGGGAUCAUCGUAUCAUGAAGAAAUUUGUUUGAAGGAUAGUUUGUUUGUUUCUAAAGAUUUUUUUUUCUUCAAAAAUGAAUUUAUUAGGGUUUUUUUCUUUUUUUUACUGUUUUAUUGGUGUUUUUUUUCUAAUUUUCCUCCAAUUUUAUUCCUUUAAUAUGUUUGUGUAAAAAGGGCAGCCAGCAUUUGCAUUUGCGAGAGACAGAAGAUUUUAUUUGGUCUUGUAUGCGGAGCUUUCAUUUUCUUUUAUGUUCCUUCAGGAAAAUUCCUCUUUGCCCGAUUACUCAUACUUAGAUGUCUUUAAACGCAAGCUGACCAGUGAGGGUUUUUUGUUGUUUAAUUUAGUGUGUGCUUUUCUCUGCGCUUUAUUCUGCUUUUUUUAAUUAUCCAGAUAUCGGGUGCUGGGGAGGCAUUGCACAUUAAUGCAGAAUGCUAAUGCUAAUUUUCAUAGAAAAGACAAAAUUAGAGUCUCUCUCCCUGUCUCCAGUGCAGUUUUAUUACUGUUUUGCGUACAACACCGAUAUUAAGCCAGACUGCACAGGCAGAAUACUCAGUGACCUACUUCCAUUCACCAGCAAGAAGCCUUUGUCAGCUGACUCCUGUUUGUUUGUUCGUUUUUAAAUGUCGGAUUACAGAACGAGCAUCUCCCAAAGAUGAAAGAAAACAGUGUUUUCGUGCACAGGAAAUUUGGGGUUGCAGUAACAGAACAUUUUCUUUGUGAAUUUGGAUGUUGUGGUGUUUUAAGCCCCUGCCUGGAGCCUAAAUCAAUUUGGCCUCUCAUCCAGUUCAUCUCGCUGCUGCUCCUAAAAGGCUGCAGCCCUGCAAAAGCUCAUGCAGCAUUUUUGGCCUCUUUCCCUUGCUCCCAUUUGGUACAUAUUUGCACAAUUUAACUGAGCUUUUCUUUCUGCUGAAGGUCAGAUGCAAGCGAUACGAAACACUAAACUUUAUAAACAAGCAAAGCCAUUUUAACCACAGCGUUUUGGACAAGAAUGGGUUUUUAGGUGGCGUGCUGUCUGCUGGCCUUUGGAGGGGGGGGGAUCCUGAGGGUGCAUUUGCCUGAAACAGUAUGCAAAGCCACAAGCCUCGGUUUCUUAAUAAACUGCUUACUGUAAUCCAGCUACACAGUUUCAGCCUCACACUUCAGGAGCAGCUUCCAGCAGCAGUGCACGUACAGGCACUUUCCCUCUUCCAUGCAGAAAGUGAAACUUUCCCAACCAGUGCGAAUUUAACCUAUUUCAUAAGUAGCUGGAAGUCUGAUUGUGUUUGGGUUGUUUUUUUUUUCUCUUUCUUUUUUUUUCCUUUGCGAUUCUUUCUGUAACCUCUAUAAGCAAAGGAUGAAGAGCUUUUCUUUUUCCUUUUUUUUUUUGCUUUUUUUUUUUUUUUUGACAAGAUUAGAUGUUGCAUAUUGAUGAAGUAGCAUUUCAAAGGUCCGUGGGGCUUUGGAACAUAUUAAGAAUCUCUGAAGUUUAAUAUUCGCCACGUUUUAAAUAUUCAGGAGGAAAAAAAAAAGAAUCUGCAUAAAAUGGCUUUUGAUAAAUACGUUCUAGGGGUUCUUUCUUGCUAUCUUACACAAGCACUGUGGGGAUUGUGGCCGUGCCAGUUUUGUUCCAAAGUGCCUUUUGUUUCAGCUUAUCAGGACCGCUCUGUUCCCAUUUGUAUGCCCAGCACUGGUCCUGGAGUCUCCUAUGGUUUCUACAGGAGCUGUGCUGCAUGCAGGUGUGGAUGCAGCAUCUCAGAGCACACAGGGCAGCUUUGCAUCCUUGGCCGUCCUCUUUAGUAAGAAGCUCAGUAUUAAGAGUGGUGGUGUUGGGAGAAAUCCUUCCUUGGGGAUGCCCCAUUUUCCAUCUCUGUUGAAAAUCUCAUUGAAGCUUUAGAUGAGGAUCAGUUAGAGCUGCAUACACUCAGCUAUUUUACCGUAUUAUCAACAUUCUCCUUUGCCUUCUCUUUGACAUCCCACGCUGCAAACCAUGAUGUGCAGGGCAGCCUCCUUGGUCCUGCUCAUGUGCAGCCUUGACUUUUCCUUGUUCAAUCAGUGCCUGGUGCUUUUCCUGAGGACAACUCUGAUUGGGGCAAGGGCAUCUCUGUGCAAAAGGUGGCGUUUUCCUUUUCAGCUUACAAAUAAUGCCGCUUUUUCAGAUGCACCUUUCCCCUCUCACGUAUUCCUGACAGAAGCAGGGUUUUAAAUAUUUCAUAGCAUUCUUUCUUCUCUUUUUUUAUUGCCAGAUGCCUUGAAUACACUGUCAGAUUACGAUCUGGGCGGGAGUUUUCAGGAUCGAUUUCCUUUCCUCCUUGAUUGGAACAGUGUAGGUUUGCAGUGAAGUUUGGUGCUUGUUUGUUUGUUCUUUUUCUUUUUUACCUUUGACAGAACAGAUGCCUUCAGUUUAGGCAGUGAUAGACUGACUAUGAUUAGAGCUAAUCCAGGAUGGCAGGAUUGGACCCCCACAGUGAAAUCUAGAAAAGUGAUUGCGAAAGUAUUUUGUUUCUCCUUUAUUAAUUACACAGGAAGUUUCCACAGAAGGCUCAUGUAACACUGCUGGCCUAUGUAAUAAGUAGCAGGGCCUGUAAUUACAGUCUGUCUCUGAUCCUAUCUGUGCUCUGGCUUUCUAGGCAUUGCAGUUCUAUUUACAUCUGUGUCUUUGUCACCUUAUAAAUGUUUGAUUGAUCACUGAGGGAAGAACAACACGAGCCGUGAGCCCUGCAGAGGUGCAGCAGCUCUGACCAAGGGAGUCCUCCACCUUCUCAUGUAUCUGCCUGAUUUGGGACACAGAAGGGAGAGAUUUUGACCAGCAAAGGGAGCAGGCUGCAUGCCAGCUUUGUACCUUUCAGCAUCUCAGAGUCUUUGUAGGACUGGAAAAUCAAACCUUUUACAGGUCUUAUGCUAGUGUACCAUCCUGUGAGGGGGGUCUGUAUAUCACUGUUUCGUUGCUCUAAGCAGUUUCUACAGGAUUUCAGCAUUCUUUUCUGUAAGGUUCGAGGUUUCGUGGUUGCAAAGAAAUCUUCCAUAUAUGGCAGGAGGAGGAAGAUGGCUUUUAGCUUGGCUUCUCUGUGUGAUGCUGAAACUGCUGUUAGCAGCGUGAAGCAGGAGUGGGAAUGGGGCAGCAGUGAUCUGUUCAGUACCAGGUUCCCCAGCACUGAGCUCUGGCUCACACAGCCCUGGGCAGCCCAGCUUCUGGUCCUGAGACCUGGUGCUGAGUGAGCUGUCACCUGGGUGGUGCUCAUUACCAUUCACCCCACAUUACUCCUCUUUCUUAAGAGAUGCCUUCUAGAGUUAAACUACAGAAUGGUGCCCCCCAACCUUUUUCUACCAGCACUAUUCCCAGUGCCGUGUUUGAUCAGGAGGGCUGAAAGCCAUUGUGCAAACACUGUACACAGUGCAUAAAAAAACAUGAAGAAUCUACUGUGGAUAUUUUCAAUGUCCAUUACAGUGUUAUGCAAAUUGUCCCUUCUCUGCAGCCAGCGCUGUUAAUUAUUUGGGGUUUGACUUUAUUAAGAAAAUACAAAGCACAAUGUUCUAUAUUUUCUCGAACUACUUCUAAGAAAGUUGAUGCUUUAAAGGAAAAAAAAAAAACCACCUUACUUUCAAACAUGGGUUUUUCAGGCUUCGAAAUUAAUAAUUUCUACACCUGACCCAGUUCUUGCAGCUGCCAAAAAAGAAAAGAGAAAGCUAUUUAAAUUUCUCAUAGAACCAUUUAUCUCUUAAAAUAUGCCAAGGCAAUUUGAGGUGGGGGUGGAGACUCAGCUAUUUAUCUCAGCAGCUUGAUUUUUCUCUUUAUGUUUCUAACUGUCAGGGGAAAAAAACGGUAGGAAGCUAUUCUUGGGCUAUUAUUGAUGUAUUGUGUUGCCAUUAUGCAGGAUGUCUGCUUUGCUAUAUACGGAAGGACAUUAAUAAUAGCCAUCUUCCCUGCCCCCACCCUCAGUUCCUUUUAGGAAGAUGUGGUUUAAACUGGAGCAUCUGCCCUGUUCAAAUUGCUGCUCCCCCUCCCCUUCCCUCGGUUCCCAAACUAGUUUUUGGGAACAAGGCUAAAGGAAUGAGGAGAUAGGUAGAAAAAUGGCAAAUAUAACCUACUUGUAUGCUUGCUCCAGGCAAGUCAUUUCCAUGCUGUGUACCUGUCUUUGCCUUUCCUUCCCAUCUACUGCCCCUCAUUUCACUCCAAGUUCAUCAGCGCAGAAAUACCCUUCUCUUGCCAUUUCUGUCUCGCAGGGGCUGGCUGGCAGAACGGGCUCAGCAACAGACCUCAGCUUUGUGAUACACAGCAUGCCACAGCCAGGAACGCUGGGUUCCUCAUUAUCUCCUCUAAGUAGGAAAAUAUAUUCCCAUCCCUCCUUACCCUGGCUUGAAAACAUUGUUAAGAAACUUGAAAGGCUUGGUCCACUUGUUUAAAGGCUCAGAUGCUUGUUGUAUUUUUGGAAGCAGAGCGUAUGGUGAACAGGAAUAGUUUGAUAUUUGAAAAAUAUCCCCAUUUGAGCAUUCCCCUGAGGUGUGGGAAGUCCUGUCUCCAUGGGUCUGUGCCAGCACCGUGACAGCCCAGCGAGCAAAGCCAGCUUGGAUAGGAAAAGAACUAGCCAGCCCUAUUUCAUCUGAUAGAAGUGAGGUGGAAACAAUAAACGUGGCAAAAACUUAAGGGCAUAGAUGCUGAAAUUUAAUUUAACUUUUGCUUUUCAGUGGCUCUGUCUUUGUGCAGUGAUGAAGAUCUGCAGGGAAGCAGAUGAAGUCCUGCUCUGAGUAGGCUGUGUUUGUGCUGGUGUUUCGCUCAGGGUUACGUAAGAGCAGUUUACAAUGAAAUGCAUAGCCAAAGGUUGUGGUUUGUGUUUCAGCUUUGUUGAGAUGGUACCCAUUGAAAACACAGAACUGAGGCACUUCUUUACAUCUGCCAAUACUUUAAUGACAGCUCUGUAUGGAUAGGAAACCCAUUCAUGCUGGCAAAGGGAUGGGACAUUUUCUGCCUUGUCCUCUGAGCCUGAUUUUGUUCUUUGCUCUAACCAUCUAAAUAAUAGUAUUUCUAAUGUGCCCAAUGACCAAGUAGCUAAGCACUUGACAAGCACCUAACUAGCACAACCAGCAAGAUGAGAAGGCUGUUAAUUGAACUUCAUAUACAAAAAGCACAUUCCUUUCUCUUCACUGUGUGCCUUUUUAGUCACCUGCAGUAGUCCUUCGUGGGUAGCAGAGAAAUAACCCUGUUACCAAGCAGAGAUGGAAGUUAUGGAAGUGGUAUAGAACAGAAGUGGUUAAUUUCGAGCAUCAGUUCUCCACUGGGAUAAGCAGAGCUUGUUGUCUUGGUUUACACAGCACCCUGUCUGGCAGAUAGCUGCUCCGUAUGGAGGUAUAUGGGUGUAUCUCAUAUUUAUAAGUCUCAAUCUUAUCAGAUUGUCUUAUCUAUUCUCCCUCUGGAGAAUCUGAAGAAAGUAUUGUGAGGGAUACAGACAGAACAAAGUUAUGCUUGAACUUUCUCUUGAUCUUGCUAGACAGGAUGUGCCUUCAUGAGAAUUCAGCUUCCUUAAAGGUCCUGUAAUUUCCCCAGCCACAGCUUGUAUUUUGGACUGUGCAGGAGAGCAGCUUCCAGGUGCCUACCUUCCAGUCAGUCAGAUGAGACAGGAGUCCUGAUUCUCUUGGCUGAAUGGUUCAUGGUGAAAGCCCCCAAGGCUGGGAGAUCUGUUUAGCCCUCCCAGGCUAUAAGGAGGGCAUGCCCAGGAACAUCUUUGCCCUCUUGUUGCUUCUGUGCUUUGGCUGUCCUUGCUAACUGCAGACCUGUUUGCCCUGGGGUUCACCAGUGGUGUUGUUUAUUGGCUGUGUAUUAAUUCAUAGGGGAUGAUGUGGCCAGGUGCAGGGUGGUAUUUCAGCUUUAUGGUAGUGGCUGGUCUAGCCGAGGUAGAGCAGGUUUUGUGUCAUUUCCGUUGUUGCAGUUGGGAGGGGAGUGUGACUGGUCACACAUCUUGUUCUGCAUUAGCAGAGACCCAGUGGUAUGGGAAGCAUCUUCCUUUGAAAUGUGAAUCACUAGCCUGGGUAUCUGGGCGACAGAGGGGCAUUCCCCAGAUGUGAGGGAUGCCUUCUUGCUGCAAACUCCAUGCCCUCAGAUCCUAAUGAAGUAACAUUACUUGAGCUUUUAGGACUGGUCUCCUAUCUGUCAGAACACGGGGAAAACAGUUUUUCCCCCCUUGCUGAGCACAAGCAUCCCCCCAGACCGUGAGGGGCCCAAUCCUUCUGUCAUGGGAGUUUUCACAGAUCCUGCAGGUUGCUGAGUGCGCAUCCUAUGAGAUGCUGAGCACCCUCCCUUCUCACUGAACCCAUCAGGCCACUCGUCUCCUUCACUGACUACUUCAGCAGGGCUUUGAAGGCACUCAGGAAAUGCAGUCAGCACCUUACAGGAUUGGUCUGCUAGGUAAUAUAUGAAGUUUUUUUUUCUCUGGUAACUCGUGUGCAUGAAUUGAAAACCAUGUAUUCCACUUUGUUCUGAGGACAGAUACAGCAUAUACACGUUUUCUAUAUUUAUAAAUAUCUAUAGAUAUAUAUAUUUUGUUCUCAGCUAGUUACCUCUUCUAAACUGCAAUUUUCAGAGCAGCCAGCGUAUAUUUUUUAUUCAACACAUAAAAUGACUUUUUACUGUAAGAGAAUGAAAGCUGUUUUAAGCAUGUGUUUUCUGUAUUUUUAUUAUGCAUUAUCCAAUUAUAUUGAGAUGUAUUUUCCUCUUUGCUCUGCUCUUUCAGUUGUUAUCCUUAUUUUAUCAGUUAUGCUUUUCUGAUGUUUUGUAAGGGAAAAUAAAUAUGCAAAAUCGCCAGAUGCCUUUUUUUCUUUGCAGAAGAAGUAUCACAAAUGCUUUUUUAUUACAUUUUACCAAUCCAAUAAACUCCUUAUAAAUUUCA